GUCAGCGCAUCAGCGGUUCGCGACUCGCCUUCCUCCGUCCUUCAGCGCGGAUCGACCGGGACUCCUCUGUUUUCCCCCAAAUCUUCUCGUCUUCUUCUUCCACCGCUCGUUUCUCCAGGAACCUUCCAGAAGCUUCUCGAAACGACAGGCCGUGUGUUGUGAGGGAGGCGCAGAUCCAGGGUUUCCUCCUGCCAUGGUGAAGGAGACCGCCUACUACGACACCCUGGGGGUCAGCGUCGACGCCUCCCCCGCCGAGAUCAAGAAGGCCUACUACGUCAAGGCGAAGCUGGUGCAUCCGGACAAGAAUCCUGGGAACCCCGACGCGGCGGUGAAAUUUCAGGAACUUGGGGAGGCCUACCAAGUUCUAAGUGAUCCAGCUAAAAAGGAGGCUUAUGAUAAGCAUGGAAAGGACGGUCUUGCCCAGGAUAACAUGGUAGAUCCAGCUGCUGUCUUUGGGAUGCUUUUUGGAAGCGAUUAUUUUGAAGAUUAUGUUGGUCAGCUUGCUCUGGCAUCCAUAGCUUCAGUGGAGAUUGAUGAAGGCUCAAGCAAUCAAGAGGCCACAGCAAAAGUUCAAGAGAAGAUAAAAGUUUCGUAGAGGUGGUGGUGCUUCAGGAUGUUGAGUAGCCGUUCUUUGCCUUCCCCGUUAAUUCCACGUUCACCAAUUUUCCCCGUACCCAUCGGCUCAAGAUCCGGUUAGCGGCCUCACAACGCUGGCGGGCCAGCCAUUGCCGUUGUACUCCUCCAUCGCCAUUGGCGGUGGCAUGCCCAUCAUCAGCAGCUGACUGAAGAACGGCAGACCACCAUGGCCACCGCCAGGCCCGACAGAUAAGCACCAACGAACAUAUCGCAAGUGGACGGGGGAGGGGCAACCAGCUGCUCAAUGUCAAUUCCACCACGACACGCCUGGUGCCAUCGUCGUUCACCCUGUCAUGCCCCAUUCUCUCCCACUUCGGCGUGCCUGGUACGGCGACGAGAAUCCUGCAACAACAAACCUGGGUGCGCCGCCAUAACCUCGCCUCCCGCAUCGUCUUCCACCUCUCCCCCGACCAAGAAAAUCCCCAGCAUCAGCGGGUCCUCCACGCGCGGUUCGUCUGGGGGGCAAGGAGAAGGGCUGGUGGCCUUCGGCGGCUGGGUGCGUGGGUCGCUGGUGGAUUAGACCAUGAGUCGCUGGUUUCUGUUCUUCUGUUUCAUCCAUUCUAGGUUAUCUUGGCUCUUGAUUCGGUUUGAUUUACAGGGGUUAGUUGUUGGCUUCUUUUAUGGUUGUCCUGUGGCCACAUGACCCAGUAGAAUACAUCUGGUUGCAUCCAGAUGUAGAAUUCAUAUGUGAUCAAUAUGCUAUGACGCAGUCAUAUAUAUAUUGGAUUUGGUUUCCUCACCCUGACAGCAGGCAGAUUCUCACACAAAGGGUGAGAUGAGGUGGCAGCCCCUACAAAGGAGGAAGCUGCACCCCUCCUGCUACCAGCGUUUUUCACCUUGCAAAUGGCCUUGGCUUUCGUCUUGAUUUUCUUAGAUAUGAUUGGUGUGGAACCAUCCUCAUCUAUAUACUUGCACAUGCCUUUUCUGCUCAUUUGGCAAGGUACAUAAUUGCAAGGCAUGGCAUUAGUGUUUGGCUCUCUGCCACAACUAUGGCUUGCCACACUUCCUUGUACACAUGGCCCAUGUAUCAGACUCAUUUAUUAGCUAAACAUACCACUUGUGGCUCCAUUUUUUUGGCCACAAGUUUGCCUAAAUCCAAACACAUCCAUGAAUGGUCUGUUUACUUAUAA